AAUUUUCGUUUCUGUUCUCCCCCUCUUCUGUUUUCAGAUUUUCUGUUUAUGAAUCAUAGUUUAAUAACACAUAACACACCUUGUAGCUGAAUUGAAAGUUUUAGGACAGAUCGAGCCAAAACUUCCUCGUUGACUAUAUAAUCUCAUUCCUCUUAGAGACAUAAUUCAGAAGAAGCAAGAGAAUCAAGGAAAGAAGAAACAGCCAAACCAAAAAUAGUUUGAAGAAAGUUAUCUAAGAGAGAUGGCACAGCAUAUUGAGAUUACCCCACUGCUUGAUCAAACUCCUCCAAAUGAAGCUAGUAAAGAUGAGUCGCCAGCUCGCCCGCGGUUGCUAAAGCCUUCACCCACUGCCGCUACUUCUUUCUUCGCCUUUGCCGUCGCCAGUCAUCAAGUGAUACAAGAAGGUGGGAAAGCGGAUUAUGUAAUCGAGAUAAGGACAGCAGAUCAAACAAAUGAAUCAACAAAUCAAGUCUUUGAUGAAGGAUCAUCUACCAUAUUUAAAGUAAAUGUGGGGCUAUGUGAAUCAAAUCCAGAUGCUUAUAUCCCAAAGUUGAUCUCCAUUGGUCCUUACCAUAAAAAGAAUCCGAGACUUCGCUCGAUGGAAAAAUAUAAACUGCGUUACCAACAACGAUUUCUGCAGAGGAAAGCAUGGAGAGAUGUGGAGUAUUACAUUAGUGAAAUGGAGAAACUAAAGGAUGAAGCACUAAAGUGUUACGAUGAUAUAGGGGACCUUGAAAGUGAUAUUAUUAGCAAAUUUUCAGAUUUGCUGUUACUUGAUGGCUGCUUCGUGGUUGAGUAUAUCCGAGAGUUUUACGAAGGGGUGCCAGAAGGAGAAGACAAGAUUAUCGACGCGGCUUGGAUGGAAUCUCUAGUAGAUCGUGACUUAUUGUUACUAGAAAACCAACUUCCUUUCUUUAUCCUCGCCAAACUUCACGAGAUGACUAAGGAUCCUACAGACGCCCCAUUUAUACAGAUGGUGAAAUACAACUUUGGUAGUAGUUUACCAAAAGUGACUCCUAAAUUCAUAAAUGCAACUGAUGAUGAUGAUGCCGAAGAAAUCAAACAUUUACUUCAAGUAGUACACAUGUGUUGUUGCCCUUCAGAGAUGAACACUGGCCUAACUAGGAAUAGCAGAAAGAAAAAAGGAAGUAGCAAGAAAAGCUGUAACUGGAAUCCUUUGCGAAUUGGUAAGUCCAAAAAGAAGUUUAAAACUAAGGACGGCGACUUAUGGCACGAUCGCAUGCGAAGUGCAACAGAACUUGAUGAAGCUGGAAUUCGCUUCUCAAAUGUUGGGAAAAUUUAUAGAAAGUUGAACAAAAACAACAAAGAGGAUGCUAUAAGUUUAUUUGAUAUCAAAUUCAAUAACGGAUUGCUUGAAAUCCCUUGUUUUGAGGUCGUUAAUAGUACAGAGACUAUUCUGAGAAAUCUCAUUGCCUACGAACAACACUCAUCUGAUGUGCAUCCGAAAUAUUUCACGGAUUAUGUAAUCUUUAUGGACCAUCUUAUUAACUCAGGCAAAGAUGUGAAUUUGCUUCGGUUGAACGGAAUUAUCAGAAAUAGGAUAGGAGAUGACGAAGAAGUGGCUAUCAUGUUCAACAAACUAGGAGAAGGUGUCAUCCCUUCAACUGAUUUCUUUUACAAAGUGGAAUGCAGAAAAGUGAUUGAGCAUUGUGAAAAACCAUGGAAUGAAAACAUGGCAAGUUUGAGGCAUAAUUAUCUUAAUAGCCCUUGGGCGAAAAUUUCAACUGCGGCAGCCAUCAUUCUCCUUCUGCUUACAGUUGCACAAACAGUUCUAGCUCUCAUCAGUACUUUAAAGUAGUCGAUCGGUAUAAUUAUAUUCUAUCGUUUAUUGAUUUUGUAAUGGCUUCAGGUGUUUCCUCACUGUUCCGUUCAAUGUACUUGUGUGUUUGCUCUAUAAUUUUUGCAUAUAGAUAAUGAUAUAGUGUAUAGUAUAAGCAGA